AACCCCAUCCAAACCCUAAUCCUUGCCUUAUCGAUCUCCCUCCUCGAUUCGAUCCCCGUACUCCGUCUGCCAUCCCCGCCGGAGCCCUCCCAUGAGUCAUCCAUAGCCAAGUCUCGGUCUUUGAUCCCCUGGAUGCUUCGAUCCCGUAGAGCCGAAUCACUCCUCAAGCGGCCGGCGCUUCGAUCCGUAAAGAUCUUAACUCGUCUGUCAAACUGCGGCAGUUUGCCUCUCGCCGCCGCCUUCUCCUCCGCCGAUGCCUUGAAUGAGGACAUACGUUGCGUCGUCGAACCCAAGGCUCGUCCCGUUCCCCAUCUCCUUUCGCAGAGUUCCUGCGGGUCGGCUUCUCGCGUCGCGCGGAAGCUGCGGUGUGUGAGAGGGAAGCCCGAGGUUGCCCUCGCGUUCUUUAAGGACAGCGUGGUCCUCGGGUUCCGCCACGACCACUCCACCUACUCGGCGAUCGUCAGAAUCUUAGCGGAGUCCCAUUGUCACAAACAAUUGGUGACUUUCUUCUGCGAUUUGAUAUCUUCUGGCAGGGAGCAUGGUUUCGAAGUACCGGCCCUUUUUGAUGCCCUUGCACGUCAACUGAACGAUUCGAGCUUGUUGACGUGUGCAGUCGAUGCUAUGAUCGAAGCAUGCACAUUCUGUUUGACGCCUGAAAAGGCUGUGUAUAUGUUUUCCCAGCUGAAUUCGUCGGGGUUUAUCCCAUCGGCAUGGUCCUGUGUCGUUCUUCUGAAGUUUAUCACUAAAGAUGGCGACUUGGAGACUGUAAUGGCAGUUUAUGAUCAGAUGAAGAAAUUAGGGACUAGUGUAGCUGCUAAUUUAUCUUCAGUGGUGAUCAAGGCUCUCUUUCAAGCAGGGAAGUUAGAUGAUGCACUUCAAAUUUUGGAGGAAGUCAAGGAAUCUGGACUAGAACCUUCUCCAAUCAUCUACUCGGAUGUUAUAGAAGGCUUGUGCGCUUGUGGGAGAUAUGAAGCGGGUCAUGCAAUACUUGAAGAAACAGUAAGAAAUGGUAUUGAUGUGAAUGUUUUCACCUAUAAUAAGGUGAUUGAUGGACUGUCUCAAGGUAGGAGACUACAGGAAGCUGAAAAGCUUUUAAAAGAGAUGAUAAAAAGAGGUGUGCGCCCAGAUACAUUUAGCUACGGAAUUCUUAUUCGAGGUUACUGUGACACAGGCAAUCUGAUAAGAGCUCUGGAUAUGUAUGAGGAAAUGGUGACUCACAGCAUCAAACCAGAUGCCACCAUUAUAAGCUUUCUCCUUCAUUGCUUCUGCAAAUUGGGUAUGGAUUUUGAAGCAAUAGAGUUCUUCCAGAAAUUUAAGGACUCAGGGCUUCAUGUUGAUGAAGUUCUGUAUGAUAUCAUUAUUAUCGCACACUGCAAGCUGGGAAGAAUGAGAGAUGCAGCGGAAUUGCUUAAAGAAAUGAAGAGUAAGGGGUUGAAUCCUGACAAGAUCCACUACACAAAUUUAAUAAAUGGUUAUUGUCGCAAAGGAGAAAUGUAUAAUGCCCAGAAGAUGUUUGCUGAUAUGGUGAAGAAGGAUGUUGAGCCUGAUCUUUUUACUUACAAUGUAUUAGCCAGUGGGUUUUGUAGGAAUGGAUUUGUUAAGGAGGCAUUUGAUCUACUGGAUUAUAUGUUGGAUAGAGGCAUAGAGCCGAAUGCUCUCACCUAUAGUGUGGCAAUCGAUGGUCUAUGUAGAGGUGGCAAGCUAAAGGAGGCAGAAAUACUUUUUAAAAUACUGGAAGAGAGGAAAAUUGCACAAUGUGCUGUUCUUUUCAGUUCAAUGGUUUGUGGUUACUUGGAAUCCGGUUGCACAAAAGAAGCUUACAUGCUCUUUGUUAAGUUCUCUAAGCAAGGGACCCUUGUAGACGAGAUUGCCCGUUGUAGGCUUAUAAAUGAACUUUGUAGAGACGGGGACAUUGAAAGAGCUUCUGCUGCCUUCAGGUUGAUGCAAGAGAUGCAAAUUACUCCUGAUGAGCCUUGCUAUUAUAAUCUUGUUGCUGCUUAUUGUCAGGUGGGUGAUAUGCAUAAUGCUCAGAUUUUGUUUGAUGAUUUUGUACACCAAGGUCUUUCGCCCGAUGUCAUCUUGUAUACAACACUAAUAAGAGGAUAUUGCAAAGCCAAUUGCUUGCAAGAAGCCUGUGAGUUGUUUUUUCAGAUGAUACAAAGAGGUACCAAACCUGAUGUUGUUGCUUAUACAGUAAUGUUGGAUGGUUAUUUAAAAGACACUUUGCAAAAGGGAAGGUCAGACUACGAUAAGGAAAGAUGGAAAACUGAAGUCAGAGAAAAGUACUCUAAAUUGUUAAAUAGCAUGAGAGAUAUGGAAGUCAAGCCUGAUUCCGUUUGCUAUACAGCAUUGAUAGAUUGGCACUGCAAGAUAGAUGAUCUUCAGGAUGCUCAUAAACUCUUCGAUGAAAUGAUUGAAAAAGGACUGACACCUGAUGCUUACACAUACACCACUCUAAUUUCUGGGUACUGUAACAAGGGGAAUAUAGAAAAGGCUGAAGGCCUGGUGGAAGAAAUGCUAAACAAAGGAAUCCAGCCCAGCAGUCUUACAUUCUCAAUCUUGGACCGUGGAAGCUUGUGUUCAAAAAGUUUGCAGAUUCAGUAGCAACAAUUGAUGUGCUGAGUUAUUUUUUAUUCCAAAACCUCAGACAGCAUCAGGGACAUACCUCAAAGUUGUUAGGUAAUUAUUCAACAUUAUCUGUGGGGGUUGAAGGAACUGGAUUGCUUUGAGAAGUCCCAGAUUUUGCACUGCUUAGCAAACUCUGCAGUAAGUUCUUGUGAUUUAUAUUCAACAUUGUAAAGCUCUAGUCCCUAUUCCUUGAUGGAUGAAGAAGAUUGGUCGGUCUUCAUAUAUGAUCUCUUCUGCAUCAAUGUCAACUGUAAAUAUGGAUUAAUUGAUGAUCUAUGAGGAGGUGGCAAGCUCUGAGUGGCAAAAUUAGGUCUUAGAAUACUGGAAGAGGAGGAAAAUUACAUGAUUUGUGGUUUUUUUAGUGAAAUGGUUUGUAAUUACCUGUAACACCAUGGCACAAGAAAAGAUGACAUGCUUUUUCUGGGCUUCUCAAAGCAAGGGACAACUGUGGGUGGAACUGGCAUUAUAACCCCAUGAUGCAAGUUACUAUAGAUGGAGUUUGCUUUGAUGGACUGAUUGGAGCUUGCCCGUGUUUUGUUUUAGGAUUUGCUAUAUGGUUUCCUUUAGAUAUUUUAUACUUCACUAAUAAGCAGAUACUGCAAGGGGCGGCAACUACUUGUUAGAAGCCUGGUUGUUUAUGCAGGUAAUAGACGACAGGCAGGCGUUGAGUAUAUGGGUUCUGAUAUGGUAAUGUUGGAUGGUUAAUAUAGAAGACUACUUGCGAUAAGGCUGGUCAUGAACGAAGGGAUGUUGAGAAAGUAUCUGAAAUCCUUGGAUAAUUUAUGAAGCUACGAAGCGAAGACUGAAUUCAGUUUAUUCUGCAGCAUUGAUAGAACAGUGGCUAGAUGGACUUGCCUUCAGGAUGUUUGUAACAGUGGCUAGACGCAAUAUCGAUUGAUUGACACUUAAAGAUGGAUUCAUCGUCAGGACGCUCAAACUUUUUCUAUAUGAUAUUUAUGCUAUUGAUUCAGGGCACUCCUAUGGCUACAUAAAGCUUGAAUCCAUCCUAUGGCUACUCCUAUGGUAGAAGAAAUGCUAAACAAAGGAAUCCAUCCUUAUGGUCCUGCUUUCUUAGUCUUGAAUCACGUAGGUUUGAGUACCAGAUGAUUGCAGAUUCUAUAGCAGCAACCUUUGGGUAUCUUUUGGGGCUUCACCUGACAAGCAUACAUACAUGUUCCUGAACAUUAUAUUUCAUUCACCCCACUGAUGAAAUUAUGUACGCUUAGAUGUUUGCUGGCAAGUCUUGUAACUCUUUUUUUCUUCAAUGAUUCAAUGUUUUUAUA